UUCGUACGUAUAUUCCGCAAGAGUUGUCACUAAUUGUUUAGUUUAGUUAGAUAAUUUUAUUUAAUUCUUCCCAAUAUUUUUCGUUUCAAAUAUUUUUCUUCAAUAAUUUUGUAAAAUAAAUCUAAAUCAACAAAAACAAACUGUUAAAGAAUUUUGUCAUUCUCAUCAUUUUCUUUGGUUUGUGUUCAUUUCAUAACAAUUCAUAAAAUUGGUGUGUCUUGGUCUUGCUCAAGCUGAACACAUAUAUAUGAUGACGAACCAGGCAUCACUUGAAUCUUCUUUCUCAUUCCUCACUCAACUGACGGCAGACGAACUCGAAAGUUUGGAGAAUGAUUGGGAGAGGAUUAAGAAGUUGGUUGAUGAUUCUGACGUGAUAAAAAAGCAGCAAAUGGAAAAAGAAAAUUUAUCAGCCUCGAUAAAAAGCCUUGCUGAAUACAACUUAUCCUUGGAGCCGAAAUUGAACCAGGCCAAAGUUCAGCUUGCCCAAACCCAUGAACAGGCUGUAGAAACUUUUAAAUCAUAUGACAAAAACAGAUUGCUCAUGGAAGGAACACCAUCGAAAACACAACCCGACGUUCAACUUGCUCUCUUGCAAGCUGAAACAGCAAAAUCUGAAGAGGAGUGUGAGAAAUUGGUGGACAACUUGAUGAACAAGACAGUUGAUGUGGAUACAUUCAUCACUGACUACCUGACUACCAGAACGUUAUCUCACAUCCGCCGAAUCAAAUGCGACAAGAUGACGGAACUAUUACGUCAGCAACAACGCAGAAGAGAAUCAGCCCCGCUACCAAAGACAUCGAAUGUACAGCAUGAACAAUAUUCAGCCUAUUCACCAACGCACCCGUUGAAUUAUUCCUCCAGACCGAUGCAAUCCAGCUAUCCCAAUCCUAUGCCUUCGUCGAGCAACUACUACCCUGGUCCCACGUCUCUGAUCGGAUACAACAACCAAGUUCCCGGCUACAUGCCUGCUGCUGGUCCGCCAUACCCCAUCAACAACUUCGCACAACCCCCUCCCAUUGCAUCUGCUAUCUUCUCGCCUGGUGCUCCGUCGUAUCCGCAGUCCAGUCUCUAUUGAGAGCUCCAUGAUUGGUGGACGGAUGGAUUGAUGAACGGUUGAACGAAUUGAUGGGCGAAUGAGUGAAUUGAAAGAUGGAUGGAUUGUACUGUACAUGAUUCAUCAAUUGUUAAGAGUGUGCAUGGUUGAUUGAAGUGUGGUAUUGGCUGAUACCAUAUGGUGUUGAUUGGCAUGUGAUGUUGAUUAAUAUCAUAUGGUGUUGAUUUGCAUGUGGUUUUGAUUGAUAUCAUAUGGUGUUGAUUGAGAUGUGAUGUUGGUUGAUAGAUAUCAUAUGAUGCUGAUUGAGACGUAGAGAUGUGUUGGUGUUCUUGGCUGGUGUUCUUACGUGGUUGUUGCGUCGUCGUUGCUUCCAGCUGUCCGUCUGUCGUGAAUGUUCAUUUGGCCACCACCUUUUCGUAAUUAUCUUCGGGGCGGCGUUCAUUGGGUUGUAUCUUAAUGAGUGAGAACGAUGAUGAUCCGUUGCUAUGAAAUGGUUGUUGUGAUGAGGGGUUUGUCGAUUCAGAGCCGUGUGUGAUUAUCUCUCUGUUGGAUUUCAACAGUUUUUUUUAGUUAGGCUGACUAAUCAUUCUUUCAUGCAUUUGUUUUCAUGCAUUCAUUCAUCUUUUUCACUCGUUUAUUUUCAUGAUGUAUUUUAUUUAUUUGUUAUCAUUUAUCAUUCGUCUUAACCGUUCGUUCAAUUGUUCAAACAAUUGCCAUCCAAUUAUGAAAUUAUCCAUUCAUUUAUUUUCAUCAAAGAAAAACAUUCGUCUCAACAUGCGAUUGCUCCAUUCAUUUAUUCACCAAACCAUUCAUUCAUUUAUUCAUUCAUUCAUCCAUCUAUGAAAUUAAUUCUCAUCCAACAUUCAAUCUUAAACAUAUUCCACCAUUAAAAAAAUUACAUUCACUGCAAAACACAGCUCACCAACACACAAACGCCACACACACACACACACGCACACACACCACAAAUGACAAUGAAUAUCUUAGUUAUAAAUGACAUACUAUUAAUAAACGUUAAUCUUGUUGGAUGUUACGGAAUUCUAGAGUUCCUAUAUCUAUAUAAACAAAUAUCCAUAGGUAUAGAAUCUGUAGCUUUUAUAUCUAUGGAUACAUAUUAAGACGUGGUGAAUUUAUUUGUGCAUAUCCAGGCAACAUGUAGCAGUUGUGCGACUCUUUUUUUCAUAUUUUUAUUUCUACAAUUAAUAAUAAUUAUUAUUAUUGUUAUU